GUUUUCACUCUAACACUUACUUAUUUUCUACAACUUCACUGAGUAGGUAAGUUGAUAAAUUAUCUGUUUUGCUUCUAAUAAUAAUUUUAUAUUUAUGUUUUUGUUUAUAAGUUAAACGAAUUUGGGGGAUGGGUGGGGUGAAGACGAUCACCCCUUUGUGACGCAGGGGUGUAACCCUUCACCCUUUUGGGAUGUAGUGGUACACAUGGGCGCCCGCAGAAAACUUUCUAUGGGGGGGGGGGGGGGAUUCGGUUAAUUUUCCGGGGGGGGGGGAAAAAAAGUGAAUCGAUUAACUUUCCAGGGGGGGGGGCAAAAAAAUGUUAGUAAUGUUAUAAUAUAGUUUUAAUUUACUGUAGCGUAUUUGUAUGUGAACGAUCGGACAGGACAUCAGCUUAGUUACUUUCUCUUUAUUUUCUCUUUACUUUAAUACAUUUUUUGUCUAUUUUUGUCUAAAAAAAUCUUAUCCAAUCAAUCCAGGGGGGGGAGGGGGGCAAGUGCCCCACCUUGCCACUACGUGCGGGCGCCCAUGGUGGUACACACUCUUCUUCUCUAUGGGCUAUAGUGGUAUACUCUCUUCACCACUCUGUUGUGUAGUGGUACACCAUCUUCAUCCUUCUGUUAUUUGGUAAUACACCCCUUUCAUCCAUUUUGAAGUGCUUUAUUUCCUAAGUGCCCCCCACAGUGCAGAAUGUCCUUUUCUAAUUCUUUUACUAUUUUUGUACCCAAGCAUAGCUCUUACAUUUCCUGUGUGGGGCUAAUAUUCAACUCAUUUCUAUCUUGUAUCAGCUCAUAUAUAUUCUCAUGCAGUUAAUAUUAAUUCUACAGUUUUCGUUAGACACCAAAUAUAAAUGGCUUAAAAAGUUGUCUUAGUUUUUCUUGUGCUAUGUUUACUUUGAGUAUUUUGUAAUAAUUAGCAUAGGAACUGUUGUCUCCCUUUUGUUAGUUCGUAAUUUAUAACUUAAAUUUAUUUUCCAAAAAUUAUAUUUUUAAAAGUUUGCUUUCUAAUUUAAAUGGUUUCCAGGGUAUUCCCUUGUCUAUGCAAAGUCGUGUAUUUUUGGAUAUUUACUUCCAGACCUUUAAAUCCCAUAAAAUCUUUUGACACGUGUUAAAGCGUUUUUUCCAAACAUUCCCAAGUCUAUUUGUUAUGGACCUUGAGUCUCUCUCAAGUAGGAUCAUCUAAUUGCUCCUCUUUUGUCCCCGUCUAAUCUGAAAUUCAAUCAAGUUUCCAUCUGAAGGCUGAAAAUUUGCCGUUUAGUUGUUUAAUGUCACCUGAUCAAGUCUCUUAGUUUUGUUGUCUUUUUUAAAUAUUUCUUUUUGAUGCAAUUAUUAGCCAUUUUUAUCGUCGUCAUACAGUUUUUGCACUAGCAUGUUAUAUCGUAACGUUGUUCAAAGCGGCUUCAAAUAAUGAGCAUGUGAUCAGACGUUGGUGUAGUUUGUCUGAAUCACCGAUGUUUAUCAUAAUGAUUGCUUCCUAAUUAUUGUUUCAUUGUAUUGAGUUUGAACACUAAUUUGUAUUUAAGAUUUACAACGUAUAAAACACCUAAUACCUGUAUAUAAUUUUAACUAAUUUAAAUAUAUAUUCUUUGCCAGCUUAAAAAAGCCACUACGAAUGAAAAGAUUUAGAUUGAUUUUCCUUUGUUUCUUAACUUACAAAAAGCGCUGAAAUUUUGAUUAUUCCACAAAUACUUGGUUUAAUUUUAGAAUGUAUCACUAAUAAAAAAAAAGUUAUUUAAGUACGUAUGCAUUGCUACAACGCUGUGUUAAAAAGAUGUCUGAAAUUAAAUUCCCAGACUUAAACACUUAUUGGGAUUGUUAUAGAGUAGGUUACCUGAAUGAAUUUUUGUCAAGUAACUCGAGUAGAUUUUGUAAUUUCACGCACUGCCCACGCAACUGUUUGGCGGGCUAUUAGUUCUUGUGGGUUUUAAAAAAUAAAAAAUAUAUUAUGUCUCGAAAAUCUAAAAUUAAUCUGAAUAAACUAAAUAUUAUCAAUUUUCUUUAAAAUUAAUAGUCUUUUCUUGGUUUUGAAUUUUCAGUUUUAGGGAUUGCAUUGGACAUGAAAAGACAUCUUCUUGUAUUUUAAACAUGGAAAAUUCCAAUGACACAACUUGGCAUGUGAUUAGCAUCAACAGAACUGCUACGGAAAAAGAUAAUUCCAUAUUUAUUAAUCGUUAUAGUUGCCGAAAUCCAUACCGAAUUAUAUGUGACCACAUACAGCAGGAUUAUGAUGAGGACCACGAGACCACUCCACUUUUUUAUAUUUCUGACCGAUCAUGUCAUUUACCUUGUGUCGGAAUACUUUGGAAUGUGGGAAUCAAUCAAACCACAAAUGUAUACCGAGAUAUCGCAUAUCUGUUUCAAGACACAUGCGCCCCAGAGGUAUGUGUUUCUGACUUAAGCACAACUAGCUCGUUUUCCCGAGAAUUUUCGACCACCAUCAAAACAUCAACUGAAAAGAUUUCAUCAUCUAGCGUAGAAAAGGACAUCACUACUUUCUGGAAUACAACAUCCAAC